AUGGACGAAAGAAUGCCCAGAGAUGGCGAUAGAGGAUUGCGCCUAGCCAGCUUUGACGGCGGCGGUGCGCGCGUACUCUCACAGCUCAAGAUCCUCUGCAACUUGAUGCAUGUCAUUGGUCAGCGCGAAGGAAGAGAAGACAUCCGCCCAGCUACAUACUUUGAUCUUAUCGGUGGCAGCGAUGCUGGAGGCUUCGUCGUACUCUUCUUGAUCGUGUUUGAUAUGACUGCCCUCGAGGCUCUUCAAUGCUUUCGCGCUCUCUGCACCCAGGUGUAUACGAACGACAUCUCCUCAUCGGCAGAGCGGGAGGCUGCGCUUAGAGCAUUCUUCGAAGAUUUGCUACUGAAGCAUCACAAGGCGAUCGAUCAUCCGUUGUUAAACGAGAGAGAUGUGGAUGGCCAAUGCCAAGGGUUCAUCCUUGCGGUCCCUGCUGGCAGUCUCGGAUCAGUAUCCACAUUUCGUACCUAUAUGGCCCCACAUUUUUACCAAGCUAACAUCACAGUCCUCGAUGCCGCUCGUGUGACAUGUGCUGGCUACCCGCUAUUCCCCUCUGCGACAAUCACCCCCAACAACCUUACAGAUCUUACACAGACACGCAGCUUUAUUAGUGCCUCCCUUGGGCACCCUAAUCCUUUGCCGCAGCUCCUCCAAGAAGCCCAAGAACGCUUUACACCUGAGCGUUUCGUGUCUGUUAUCGCCAGUUUCGGGAGCGGCCAUCCGGGGAUUAUCUCUCUCGAUCCAGAUUAUCACAAACCCCCCGGUUUCUUCGGAAGAGGAGACGCCGUGAGAUCGGAAAUCAGAGAGAGACUCCUCGCAAACUGCGAAAUGACUGCACAGCAGAUGGCAAACCGGAUGGGUCACAGCGGAGUCCUCUAUCGAUUUUCGGUAGACCAAGGGAUGCAGGGAAUGUCCGAUCUUAUCGUGAAUGAUGCGCAAUUGGACAAGAUGAGCGCUAUGGUGGAUACAUACCUUGAACAAGUGGACGUCCGAGGCAAUUUACAAAAACUGGCAGCUGCGCUUGUCAAACCUGAGGGAAUGACGACCUUGGAGUCAAUCAACAAAGUUCCAGGACCUGUGGAGUUUGACAGGGGACUCCCGGUUCUAACAGGCUAUUUCGUUAGGCGAGACGAACCAUACUGCCUGUUGCUCAACGAAAUGUUGGAAGGUUAUCCAACUAUGAGAGUCAUUGUCGUUUCGGGCUUCGCAGGCGCCGGCAAGACUUGGUUAACCACGCAGUUUGCUCAAGAGAAUGUGGAUUCGUUCGAUGAGGUCUACUUCAUUGACGGAAAAUCUGAGCGAACGAUUAAACAAGACUUGGAAUUCCAUGCAAGAGCAAAAGGAAAGGUUCAGGCCAGUUGGAAGGAGGCGCUCAACUUUUUUGGGGAGAAGAAGAAGAAAAUAUUACUCUUCUACGACAAUGUCGACUCUGUUGACCUCAAUCUCCAGGAACUACUUCCGAGGCCAGGCAAGGCAAGAGGGUUGAUCAUUAUCACCUCUCGUAACAAGAUGAGAGGCGCCGAGGCUCAUCUCCAUAUCGAACUCGACAUGAUGACGCCAAAUGAAGCGAUUCAAAUGAUCAUGGGUGUAACAAGAUGGGCAGACACAGAGGAGAACCGACAAUCAGCUAGAGCCAUAGGAGAAGCUCUUGGAUACCUCCCCGUUGCACUCAAUCAAGCCGCACGCUAUAUCGCCCGUACUAAGUGCUCAGGAGCUGAAUACCUCGAGCUAUAUCGCGUUCACCGACUGGACAUCCUCGAGGGUUCAGUGACUGCACAUCAGCGAGGUGCCUUCGCUUCCUUCGACGUGAUGUGGGAGAUUGUUCCUCAACACGUCCGGAACUUGAUCUGCAUUCUUUCCUUCUUGCAUCACAACGACUUUCCGAUGACCAUCAUUUCGCUCGCGGCCUCGAAGCAAUUCGAAGUGCAAACUCAAGAUUUUGUGCGACGCAACCGGGAUUUCACAAAGUCAAUCUCUCUCCUUCGGUCCAUCUUCUGCAAGGAUGGGCCAUGGACCGAUCGUUCGCUGGGAAGAAUCGUAGAGGCCAUCCAGAACCAUUCUCUGGUAUCCUUCUCCGAGUCUCGCCACAGCCUCAUGCUACGCAUUCACCCAUUGCUACAUGAAUGGGCAAGACUACGCACACCCAGCUCAGAUCAAGCUUUGUACAGAGAGGCCGCGACGCGUCUAGUUGCUUGCGCCGUUGAAAGCGAAGCUCUUCGACCGUAUCUCAUGUCCCACGCCGAUAGUCUUUUGUGUGGGUCAUCUAUAGCUCUGAUGCACGUCAACGACCGUGCUGCCUUUGCGAGCCUUUUCCAGGCGGCGGGUCAACACGAACGAGCGCAACGUGUCUGGAUAAACGUGCGGGAGGAGCUUAUUACGACGCUGGGAAGACUUCACCUGCACGUGGCCACGGUGUCGGUAGAGCUGGCAACUACCCUUCAGCCGGACGAUGUUCAGCGAGAAAUCGUUGAAUCAUCCGUUGUGGAGAUCUACUCCGAGAAACUGGGUCUCAGUCAUAUCAAGACCCUUGGAGCAAAAGUGCAACUUGCCAAGAGUCUUCAGGUAUUGGGGAAAAGGACGCGGGCAAAGCAGAUAUUACAAGACACGUUGAAGAAGUUUGAGAGACUCGCGACUCGACCCAAGCUUGUCAUCCUUCAAGCAAAGUGCAUCCUUGCCAAGAUCUUUCUUCAGGAAGAAGCCUUUACCAGAGCACUCGUCUAUGCUCGUGAGGCUUCUGCGGGGCUGGAAGCUGAGCUUGGCCAGAGCCACAACGACACCCUCGAUGCGCUACAGCACUUAGGACUCGUUCACUUCAAACUCGAACAAUAUGAAGAAGCACGAGCGGUCAACCAACGAGUAGUCGAGAGGGGUCGAGCGACGCUUGGUCCAUCUCACAAGAUUGUCCUCGAGGCCAUUUUGCUCCUGGCUGAAAUCUAUGCCACUCUCAAGAAGUGGAUUGACAUGGAAAAAAUCUUAGAAGAGGGUCUACCGCACAUUAUGGAAGUAUAUGGAGAUACCCAUGAUCUCUCGAUAACUGCAAUGGGACAUCUGGCCAAUGCGUACGAUAAACGAAAGCGAUUCAACAAUGCCCUGGAGAUGAAGUCUCAGAUCAUUACUCUACUUGAAAAAAAUCGAGGAAAGAACAAUGAUCAGACCCUCGAAGCAAUGCUUUCCCUCGCGAGUGGUCAUGAACGACGACAUCAACCAAAGGAAGCAAACGAGAUCCUCCAAAGGAUUAUAGAGAUUGAGACCUCGAGAGGGAAACUACCGAGCGUCGAUGUUUACCGGUUGCUGUCUCGUGUGGCAUUUCAAUACUAUCGAGGGUUCAACGGCCAAAAGAUGGCCAGAAACCUGCAACUUCAGGUCGUCGACGGCCUAGAGAAGCAUUAUGGACGGCAUCAUCCGUGUACUGCCGGGGAACUUGUCGACCUCGCGCUCUUUCUCUGCGAAACAGGAGAUCGAGACGCGGCCAUCGAGCUCGCAAAGGAAGCGCUAUCCGUCUUGCCCGAGGAAGGGGAUGACGCUCGAAUUGCAAGAAAACGCGCCCUUACAAUCAUAGACACAGCAUCCACCUCGUUGGGUGGUGCGUUGACGUUAAAGUACUGGAAGGAAGUGUGGGAUGACGUGUCGGAACCAUUCGCCGAAGAGCUGCAGCUCGCGAAGACGAAGCUCCAACAUUCAGGAAUGCUGCCCUCUUGGUCGAUGACUCGGGCGGAGAGCGAUGACGUUGGGACGAUCGAGUAA